GGCAACCAUUUUGUUGUCGCCCAUAUCUUCUAUGUUCUUCAGGCAGAGAAUUUCACUUACUGGACUAGAGAUAGAUAAGGAGGGUCAACGGUUUGCAAUACAUUUUUACUUUUCUCUGGUAACGUCACAAUGUUUCUAAGAGUUCUGUGUUUUUAUACACCGAAAAUGAAAAGUGUCCUCACUGCUGUAGGCGGCCAUUUUGCUGUAUCCCAAAAAGAUUUGAAGGACUGGGAAUUUCCUGUGGGGGAUGUAGGAUUGAAGAGAGUGUGUACCCAGUGAGAAGGAGCCAUCAAGAUUGUUAAACUUUGGUUGAAUGCAAAACCAUUUACAAGGAAAGGCCAUUAAUGACUUACCGAGGAUGGAAAAAGAGCAGGGUCACAUGUCCGAGAGGAUAUUAAACCUCACCCUGGAGAUCAUCUACCUGCUGACCGGAGAGAAUUAUAUAGCCUUCAAGUUAUCGAAUGGUUUGGUUGCAACCAACAUGAAGAAGAGCCUCAGUGCAGACCCUCCAUCUCAAUCUCCGAAAAAGAAUAAUAAGAAGGUUGAAGAAGUCACCAGCGAGAUCAUUGAGCUGCUGACAGGAGAGGUGGCAGUGGACGUUAACCGGACUGAUCAAGGCACGGAAAUUUCUGAAGAAGCAGAAGAUCCCUAUGUGAUGGGUGACGAGCCAUUUAAGGAUGAUGAUUUCCCUCCAGAGAUCAGCACAGACCCCGGAGACACCAGAGACAUCAAAUCUGAGGAGGAGGAAGAGGAAGAAGAACGUGUGAGGAUUAAAGUGGAGGAAAUUCCCCCAGAGUUCAGCAAUGAUGGACAAGACAACAGAACUAACAUAGCGAAAUUCCCCUUCAUCACCGAAGAUGGUAAAACAGAAGAUAAUGAGGUAAUAAGGCGCAAAGUAAACAGCAUUAACCAAAAUCUCCAUCUAAUGCUUCCAAGUGCAGAUCUGUUACCCAAUCCCUUUACACAGGAGGGCAGUUUUCCCGAUUUCUGUCCCCCCAUCACCCACCAUAUGUUUUAUAGUGGAGAUGAUACAUUGCUGUCGUCUGACCGUGGCGACCAUCCUACCCAGAGGGAGGACCUCACCUCUCACCCCAGAUUGCACACAGAAGAGAAGGCCUUUUCCUGUCCCCAAUGUGGGAAAUGUUUUACCCGAAGAGCCUACCUCGCUAAACAUCAAAGAAUUCACGUUGGUUUGACGCCGUUUUCAUGCUCCGAAUGCGGCAAAUGUUUUACCCGAAGAACCAGCCUUAUCAACCACCAAAGGACUCACACGGGGGUAAAGCCGUACUCGUGUCCAGAAUGUGGCAAAUGUUUUACCUGGAGAACCACUUUUAUUGAGCAUCAGAGAUCGCAUACCGGGGUAAGGCCAUAUUCGUGUUCAGAAUGCGGGAAGUGUUUUUCACUGUAUUCGGCUUUUAGUAAGCACCAGAAGAUCCACACGGGGGAGAAGCCAUAUUCAUGCGCUGAAUGUGGGAGGCAUUUUACUCGCAGUGACCAUCUUCUAAUACAUCAGAGGACUCACACCGGGGAGAAGCCGUAUUCAUGCGCCGAAUGCGGAAAACGCUUUAAUGAAAGGGCGAGGCUUGUCACGCAUCAAGUUGUCCACACCGGUAUCCAUCCGUUUUCCUGUUCUGUGUGUGGGAGAGGUUUCAUCACCAAUUCCCGACUUGUCAAACAUCAGCAGGUCCACCUAAGCUUGGAGCCACAUACAUGGGCUCAAUGAAAUGGAUUAUAUGGAUGCUUAUAUGGAGGAAGAAAAACAUUUGGGCCCGGAUUCACGUAGAAUGGCGUAUCUUUGUGCG